AUGACAAGGCUCCGCGGGGCUUCCCUCGAUUCCCCAGACAUUGCGCGGUCCACUGCUGAGCGACCUCAGUAUUACCGUUCCAAAGUUCCACCAAAUGCACCAGAAUCAAUCGUUGAGAACACCGUUGAAGUUACCGAUCCAUCAAGAGUACUUCCAUGGUAUCGAGAUGAGCGUAGGCGACGAUAUAACACGUUAGUUAGAAGGUCAGUCGUCGCGCCUAAACGGACCGUUGAUACCACUAGUGAACGGGAUAAAACUAAUCUGCUUCAUGGAUGUGACGAUCCUGGAUGUCGUACCCCAACCUGCGCCAGUCGUCGUCGGACAACCAGUGAUGGCCCCUAUCGCCGAUACACGGAACUAAGCGCGCGAACGUUGGCCUGCUACCUCGCUAGCCUGGAUGAUGCCGAAAGUGGCUUAUGCUGCAAUAACCCAAGACUACCAUCUGAGUUAACAGUCUAUGAUUACCACCGGAUUUCCCUUCAAAGAUCCCGCGCCUUUCAAGCCCAGGCAGCUGCUGCCAACGCCACCGAGGAGCAAAGUGGCUCCAUUCGUACCGAUUAUAACCGUAACGGCGGAAAUGCUUUCAAGAACAGAAUGGAGAUCUCCCAGGCAGAUGCCUCGGGGUUUGCGAGUAAUGCUGCAGGGCCAGAAAUUUCUCAGAAUAUCACUUACCCAAGUGCCUACUAUCUCCAUGAUUUUGACUGCGCGGCUGAACAGCCGUUAAAAGACCCCAAAUCUUUUACGCAAAACCUUUUCGAUACUAUUUCAUUACGCAUGGUUGAAUGGCUUCCACUACGUCGAACCACGGAAACCUUCCCAUCGAAAGCGAGGCAGUCUUUAUCACACCCGAAUCCCGAUCUCAUACCUUCGAAUACAGAAAAAGAACAACGGCAACAAGGCAAUGAAACGAGGAAUCCAAAACCAGUACGACGAACGCCCACAUCGCAUCCACAGAAUCCGCAACCUCGUACCCCAUCGUCACGGAAUUCCGGACCCCAGCCUACGGCAGUCGAAGUCAAAUUUCAAAACCAGCAUGUCAAGCGACUCUCGAUCACAGAAGUAGAUCAUUGGCGACAAUCCUCACGCUCCGCUAUCGAAGAAGCAAGGUCAUCUGAAUACAAACCCCAAAAAUUCGCCAUGAACACACAUCUCCCCACUAGCGAAUUUACCCCUUUGCCGUCUCCUCCGGCCUUGAAACACCGGCCACAAAAGCAUCGUGGACGAAUUGGGGAAGUGGAAAACACAAGUCUACCAGAGCGGUCCAAAAAUCAACGGCGCGUCUCCUGGGAUAGUGGAAAAUUUUUGAAUCAGAAUCUCGUUGAGGAUAGUCUCGUGAAUCCUCGCGUCCCGCUCCCGAAGUCCAACGUUGACAUCGACUCUCCAAGUAAUCGCAAAGCAAAACAUGAACUCCGUCGUCAGUCGCCUGACCCUCCAUUUCUAGCUCAGACAGUGACACAUUUGAAUCCUCACAUCAUUGAUGGUCUGAGACAGAUUAUGAUUGAAUCACAGGAAGAUUCAGAAAUCUGGAAAGAAGAGCUUGAUCGCAUACAGUCAAUGGGUGGUUUCGAUAAUCCUGAAUGGAGAUUUGCCACUCCUCGCCAGUGCCAGGUAUUUCCAUUUAUUGCGCAAAGCGUGUUUUUCGUUUUCAGCAGCUCCAGACAUAUCUUACGCUCUUUUGGGACGGAUGAAACGGGAUUGAACACCUCCAAGCAAUCCACGAUAAUAAGUUGUCUUGAUGUCCCAAAUCUUCUGGGCUCCCUCCAGCUCCUCCAUACGAUUUGCCCAUGGGAUAUUGUGUUGCACAGCGUGUGGAGCGCUUUGGAUAAGCUUUUCUUACCACCAGCAGAUUUUACUUCCUCUGCUCGACAUUCGCGCCGUUCGUCGCGUAGCUCUAUAAUGACUGGCCCGACAGCCGCCCCUCCUGUGGUACGAAGAAUGUCCGAGGCAUUCAAUGAUGAGCAUUUGUCAGACGCAGACGCAGCCUACAUCGCUACUGUCGCUCUAUUUACUUUGGUCAGCUCAGUCCCAGCUCUUGAUGUCCGAACCUGGCAUAAUUUACUUCGAAUGCGUGCCGCUGGCGGUGUUGCAUCAUCUGCCGACCUGCAAAAACUGUCGCCUGAGCAGGCCCAGCAGGCUGUGGAGAUGACUGAUCGGCUUGACCAUGAAUUGGCUCUUCGUCUAGUCAACCGCCUCGUUCGCGCUCUUACUGCCCGGCUUGCAUAUCAUGAAAUCUUGAAGGCUCGCCAAGGUUAUGGUCUUGAUCUCCCAAAACAACGACGGGUCAGCGUCUUGGACCGCAUCAUGGACCAUCUUAGUGAACAUCAUAACCUUGAGUCUUCUGGAGCUGAAGGCAAAUCUAGCCAAACCCCUGGCCCUGCUCCCCUGAUUGUCGAGUGGCUUCGAACUCUUCUCUUGCGGGAGUGGGAUGGCAACCCUGAAAUGGCCCGCAGCAGUGCUGCCGGCGGUGCCAUACAGAUAAUGGCCCUGAUGUACAAAGAACGAAAUCGGCUUGGCUUGCUUCCAGAGAUUUUCCAAACACCAAUUCUUGCAGAGCGACUGGACCCUCUGGACAUGCCCGUCGCAUGGGCGGGCAACUUGUCAAACAAUCGCACAAUGCAUCUCUUAUCAUACCCCUUUUUAUUCCCACCUUCAUUCCUUGUCAUAUAUUUCCGAGCCUUGAACUAUUCUGCAAUGGCUAAGUACUUCGAGGCAGCAAUGACGACAACGAGACAUGUCACUCAGACUGCCUUCGGCAGCAUUUCCGUCAGAGACGAUACUGCAUUGCUUGAGCGCUUAAAGGUUUCUAUGUCAACCUACCUUGUUCUUGUCGUCCGCAGAGACAGAACCCUGACAGAUGCCAUGGAUCAGCUGUGGCGGCGAGAAAAGCGAGAACUUAUGCGGCCACUCAAGGUCCAGAUGGGCAUGGAUGAGGGAGAGGAAGGGUUAGAUCACGGAGGCGUCCAGCAGGAAUUCUUUCGUGUUAUCAUGAGAGAAGCACUCGAUCCGUCUCACGGAAUGUUCACCAUGGAUACCCGUCAUCGCAUCUCCUGGUUUUACCCCUGCUCUUUAGAACCACUGUACAAAUUCGAACUUCUUGGGACGUUGAUAUCUAUUGCAGUAUACAAUGGGCUUACUCUCCCAAUCAAUUUCCCGGUUGCUUUCUAUCGGAAGCUAUUGGGGCUGAAGGUGAAACACUUGGACCACAUCAAAGACGGAUGGCCGGAACUCGUCCAGGGUCUUGAGGUUCUUCUAAAGUGGUCAGAUGGCGAUGUCGGUGAUAUAUUCUUGCGAACUUAUGAGAUCAGCUUUGAAUCUUUUGGCCAAAUUAAAACAGUCGAUAUGCAGAGAGUGCGUCGUGAUGCAGUGUGGCCUGUUCACGAGUCCUUGCCACUCCAGUCACCCGCACCUUCCGAGGAAGCAGCCCUGGUGACUAACCAGAACCGACAUCAAUUUGUCAAAGACUACAUCUUCUGGUUGACGGACAAGUCAAUUCGUUCCCAAUUUGAAGCCUUCGUCCGGGGCUUCCAUACUUGUCUUGACCGCUCAGCCUUGUCUAUUUUUACUCCAGAGGCUUUGAAGACGGUCGUCGAGGGUAUCCAAGAGAUCGAUAUAAAAGAGCUCGAGAAUCAUGUGCGGUAUGAGGGCGGAUUUGGGCCCAGUCACCGCGUCAUUCGCGACUUCUGGCAUGUUGUCAAGCAAUACCCAGCCGAGAAGAAGGCGCGACUCCUUGAAUUCGUCACUGCGAGUGACCGAAUCCCAGUCAACGGUAUAUCAAGUAUCAUGUUUGUGAUUCAGAAAAACGGUGUCGGAGAUUUGCGUCUUCCAACGAGCUUGACAUGUUUCGGUCGUCUGCUGCUGCCAGAAUAUUCUUCUCAAGAAGCAUUGAUCGAGAAGUUAGAUAAGGCACUUGAAAAUGCUCAAGGUUUCGGUGUUGCCUGA